ACACACGUGUGAAGAUGGAGGAGGACAGUGUACGCUUUCAUGAGAUGGGCUUAGAUGAUCGGCUGUUAAAGGCUCUGGCGGAUUUAGGGUGGUCUCAGCCAACCCUCAUCCAGGAGAAAGCCAUCCCUCUGGCACUGGAGGGGAAAGAUCUGCUGGCCCGAGCUCGAACCGGAUCCGGAAAAACAGCCGCCUACGCAGUUCCGCUGAUCCAGAGAGUCCUCACGUCAAAACAGACUGUACGAGAGCAGGCUGUCAGAGCUGUAGUUCUGGUCCCCACCAAAGAACUUGGCCAGCAGGUCCAAACCAUGAUCCGGCAGCUGACAGCAUACUGCAGCAGAGACGUCCGAGUCGCAGACAUCUCUGGAAAAGCUGAUCUGUCUGCUCAGAAGCCCAUUUUAAUGGAGAAGCCGGAUAUAGUGGUGAGCACCCCGUCUCGUAUUCAGGCUCAUAUUAACGCUCAGAACCUGCAGCUUCACUCUUCAUUGGAGAUGCUGGUCAUCGAUGAGGCCGAUCUUCUCUUCUCGUUCGGCUUUGAAGCGGAUCUGAAAAACCUGCUGUGUCACUUACCCAAGAUCUACCAGGCGUUUCUGAUGUCGGCCACACUGAAUGAUGAUGUUCAGGCCCUGAAGGAGCUGGUCCUCCACAAUCCGGUGACGCUGAAGCUCCAGGGCUCUCAGCUGCCUGACAGCUCACAGCUCCAGCAGUACAGCAUCAAAUGUGAGGAGGAGGACAAGUUCCUGCUCAUCUACACGCUGCUGAAGCUCGGCCUAGUCCAGGGGAAGACGCUCCUCUUUGUCAGCGACGUGGACCGAUCGUACCGCCUCAAGCUGUUUUUGGAGCAGUUCAGCAUUCCUGCUUGUGUCCUGAACUCUGAGCUGCCGGUUCACUCCAGGUGUCACAUCAUCACCCAGUUCAAUCAAGGCUUCUACAAUUACAUCAUCGCCUCAGAUGAGCAGGGAUUGGAGAGUCCCGCUGGAAGCUCACAGGAGAAAGGGAAGAGGAAGAAGAACACUGGGAAAAAAGGCAAAGACAAGGAAUAUGGUGUUUCCAGAGGAAUCGACUUUCACAAUGUUUCCAAUGUGAUCAACUUUGACUUUCCCACUUCGGUCGAGUCCUACAUCCACCGCGUCGGCAGAACGGCUCGUGCAGAUAAUCCUGGCACGGCGCUGUCCUUUAUUUCUCAUGCAGAACUCUCAAUGCUCUCAGAGGUUGAAAACGCUCUUACUGGAGACAGCAACAAUUGUGUUUUAAAGCCAUAUGGAUUCAAAAUGGAGGAAAUCGAGGGCUUCAGAUACAGAUGUCGGGAUGGAAUGAGAUCGGUGACGAAACAGGCGGUGAAGGAGGCCAGAUUGAAGGAGAUCAAGCAGGAGCUGCUCAAUUCAGAGAAACUCAAAACGUACUUUGAAGACAAUCCCAGAGACCUGCAGCUGCUCCGACACGACAAAGACCUGCAUCCCGCCGUCAUCAAACCUCACAUGAAAAACGUGCCAGAAUACCUGAUCCCGACUGCACUGAAAAGUCUCGUCAACCCUCUGAACCAACGGAGGAAAAGGAAGAAGGUUAAAUCCAGCGGUGUGAUGCUGAGCAGCUUUAAGAAGAAUUACAGAGGCAGAAAUCCACUAAAGAGUUUCCGCUACACAAAGAAGAGGCAAGGGGGGAAGAAGGCUGGCAAACCCUAAUGGAGACUUUAUGGAUUUGGGAUUUUGAGGACAUUGAGCUGUCCUGGAGCUCACUGAACAGUGUAUAGUGUGUCUCACACUCAUUUUACACACAAUUCAAGACUUCAGCUCUCAAGUAAAGACUGCAGGACUUCAAUUGGAUGUGUGUGUCACUGGUAAGUGGGUUGAGAAUCACCGUCUGGACACAACAUAAACAUUCAGUCGACUGCUUUUGAUUAAGCGACUGUUAGAAAUGUUCCUUCUGAAUAUUGAACGUAUAAUAUUGUAUGUUUUGUUAAUACUAAAAGCUCUACUUCAGA